UUGUUAACGUAGGGUUCUUUCUUUAUCCUUUAUUGGGAUAAAGUAGGCUACAAAAGAGCAAGCCAGAGAGCCCCCAGGAGGCUUGAAGAGAUAAUGGCAUCGUUACCACCGAGUCCUUGGAUAAGCAGAGCCCCAGUCGCUUCCUCUUCUGCAUCUCUCGUCUUCCACGCUGCUUCAUCGCCAGCAUCACUCUCUCUCGCUCGCUCCUCCCCUCGCCCUCCCCUCCUCCACUGCUCCUUCCUCUCUUCCUCUUCUUCCUCCCUUUCUUUCCCUUCCUCUCUCCUCUCAGGUUUAUCGCUGGGAUUGGAGUUGACAUCUGAUGUUCGGGCUAGAAGAGAAAAGGGUCGUGGCCUGGUUGUGAGGGCAGGCAAGGCUGCUCUUUGCCAGACUAAGAGAAACAGAUCCCGGAAAUCAUUGGCUCGGACCCAUGGUUUCCGCAGAAGAAUGAGAACAACAAGUGGGAGAGCAAUUUUGAAGCGUCGACGCGCUAAGGGACGAAAAGUUCUUUGCACCAAGUCCCACCCAAAUAGUGGCAAAUAGAGGCAUGAAGGCAUGAAGGCUUAUAGUUAUUUACUUUCUGUUGGUAAAUUUGUUGAUUCCUGUAAGCAUGUCUAGAUUUCAAGCUUUUCUUCCAUAACAGUGGUUUGUAUCCUUUAAAAUAUUUGAAGAUUGCAUUUUAUGUCUCAACAUUUGUUUUUGUCAUGCAUAAUUCUUGUUAAAUUGCACUGUUGUUACAAAUUUGCUUGC